GAAGCGCAUCGGAAAGAUAAGCGAUUCUAGUGAAAUUCGGGUGGGAAGCGAGCGAGCGCAGGUGAUAUUGGUGUUAGUUUCUAUUCAACCCUGUUUAAGUGCAGUGAAGUACAACGCGUCAAAACGGCAACGCGUGAAAAUUAAAUCCGCUGCUGUGUUCGUUGCGUUCGGUUUCCGUUCCUGGUUUUACUUUAGUUCGGAAAAAUUUGAUUUUGAUUGAAAUAACACAAAUACUCAUCUUCAACUACAACAACCAAAAUGGCAGAUCAACAACAGUACUUCCUAAAGUGGAAUGACUUCCAGACGAACAUGGUGACAUCAUUCCGUCAUCUACGGAACGAGAAAAGCUUUACAGAUGUAACGCUCGCUUGCGAAGGACAGACAUGCAAAGCGCACAAGAUGGUCCUAUCGGCUUGUAGUCCAUAUUUUAAAUCCCUUCUGGAGGAAAAUCCCUCGAAACAUCCCAUCAUCAUCUUGAAAGACGUAUCCUACAACCAUCUCCAGGCGAUCCUCGAGUUUAUGUACGCCGGCGAGGUAAAUGUGUCGCAGGAGCAGCUACCGACGUUUCUAAAAACCGCCGAUCGACUGAAAGUGAAGGGCCUGGCGGAAACGCCAACAAAUAUCAAGCGGGAAGGUUGAUUUCGAUGGCCGCAAGCCAUCCACGUUCAGUUUUUUUGUCUCUUCCUUUUUAUUAUCAAAAAAGAACUCUUUUAUAUAUACAACACACAUAUAUAUAUAUACACCUACACCGAUACCCGAUACAUAGCUAUUAGUAGUGAAGAAACGAAAGCAAGUGGAGCAAAAGUGGCGGUAGAUUGUUUGAACACCGCGCGUGUGUGUAUGGGGGGACGAAGAUGCGCAAAAUGUGUUUUCUUUUUUCUGUUCCUCACUUAUGUAUUACACACGCCGUGUUAAGUGUUGUAAAACGCGCGAGGCCUGCGGAAGAGCAGAAUGAUGUUACUAAACCAUGUGCAUAUGUUGCUAAAGCGAUCGCAAUAGAGGAGCAUAUUAAUCUAGCAAAGAAGAGCUGUGUGGGCAAGCGUAAUGGUCAGUUGAUGAGGAGAGCGAUAAAGGAAGAAAGAGAGCAAUUAUUAGAACGAUAACAAAACAAAACUAAUUUAGCAUUUCCAGGUGGGAAAUGCCGAUGCCCGGUUUAAGGCAUUUCAGGCGCGCAGCCAGCGGCUUCAAUUCAGUUAGGGUGUGCAACGCGGGAAGUUAAGUUGAGGCAGGCAUCUGUUAGCGAGAAAAAGGGUACUGUUAGAUCUACAAUUAAGUGCGAAGUAUGAGUAAAGAAAAAACGGAAGGAACCAACAAUUGACCAGCAAAACAAGCGAAGGAUGGACGGACGCAUAUUAUUAUUAGUGAUAAACGUAAUGCAAACUAUUCUACUAUAUAGGCUGGAACAAAAACAACAACAAAGAAGACGAUGUGUUAGUAAGUGAGGGAAAGGAUACCAGGAAGUGAAAUCGACAGUUUAGAAAGAAGGAUGGAAAUGUCGGAUAGCAUUAUGUAGACACGCUGUGUACACACAGAAAACCACACACCUUACAAAGGCCUUUUGGACUACAUCUCCUUUACCUAAUCGGUUGGCAUGUUUACAAACACACUUAAAUAUCAAUUCAUGCUUGUUUUUGUUCAUCAAAUAUGAGUAAAUUGAAAUUCAUACAUUUUAGAUAUUUUUCUGCUAACUUCCAUACGCAAAAUAGAUUGUGUUCAUCGUAUUUCCAGACACACAGAGACAGAAGCAGAAAUUUUGCAUCAUUAUACAAAAGCCAUGUGUGCUGCGUGUAGUCCCUGGUUGAAGGCCUUAAAAUGCAUAGAUCAUAUAGUGGGAUGGAUGUAAUACAAGAGCGAAGGAGACGAAGCGUGUGUAUGGGUGUAUGUAUAUGAUUUAGGCAUAAAAAGAGCACCACAUAAUUACCAUUUAUUCCAAAUGAAAAGUCGUACAAUACUUCUCCCGAACGUAGGAUUUUUAUUUCAUCUUAUUUUGUAUCUCUUUUGCCGUGUAGGUAGAACCGUUAACGUUGCUAUUGUUUCAGAAGUACGGUUAAUUUCUUUUACAUUUCGUAUCGUAUGCAACUUUGAAUUCGUUUUGUUGUACACCGAUCAUGCGGCGAUAUCUCCUUACCAUCAAUUAUGUUUCCCAAUAUAAUGUUGUUUUUUGUGUACUACGAGUGUUUGUUGCCCUAUUGCUCACCUUGGAGCUAAUGCUCGGUUUAUGAUUUAUGCUACUCGAUAUGUUCCAUUUUAAAUUACUCUGCCACAACGAGGCAUAAAGAAGAGCUACGCGUUAAAAGCAACAAAAGAUGAACACUGCAACGCGCAACAACAGGAAAGGAAAGAAAGCGAUGUGCGCGUACUUUCAUUCGUUUUCGUUUCGUUUGCGUGACAAAAAAAAACAACCUGUACAUAUUAGCGUGAGUUGGUAGUGCGAAGUAAAAAUUCAUUCACUUGUCGCGUGAGAAGAACGGAACAAAUGAAGUAGGAAAACAAGCGUUGGUGGAUCAAGCGAUCAAUUAACAUACACCAAAAUGGCGAUGAGAGACGGAAAGAGCAAUGGGGCGCGACGGCAGUUGAAAUGAAGGUGGAUGGGAUUCUCCCCACGUGCGCGCAACAAUAUCAGCCCCCUCCAUCAUUCGGGUGGUGGCGUAAGGAAAAUGCGCCUGAAUGCGGAAACGGUUCACAGCGGUUCAUUUGUUAACAAGAACACAGUUUUCGUAUCGUGUUACAGUUUCGUUAGAAUUUUCCGUUUUGGCAAACAAAUUGAACUGAAUUUGACUGGCCGGCGCGGGUUUCUCGGGGGAUAUUUUCGUGACGAGCUUCUCGAUACAAGUGAAGGGAAGGUAUAGCUCCUCGCACUUUCCGUUACAUUGAGGUAAAUAAUAUUGCAAAGGUCUUAUUACGUUCGUUGUUAGCACUAUUACUAAUUCUGUGGAGACGCGAAUACAUUUUUGUAGGAAGUAAAUAACAGCGCGCAUGACGACAA